CCUACUGGGCCAACUGGUGCAAAAGGUGAUCGAGGGCCAACUGGUCCUACUGGGCCAACUGGUGCAAAAGGUGAAAAGGGUCAAAAAGGUGAAAAAGGAAACAGUGCAGACAAUUGCCAGUGGACAGCAUGGUCUACAUGGAGUAUUGGACGAUGUAGUAGUACAUGUGGACCAGGAACACGCCGUGAUACAAGAACCAGAAGAUACACACAUUGUGUGUCUGGUACUGCUACAGAAACAAGGACCCAGCCAUGUUUCACACGAUGUAAGUACUGUAAAUGGAGCACAUGGGGGUCUUGGUCAUUUUAUGAACCAUGUGAUAAACCAUUUCGAAUGACACAGAGGAGGUGUCGGACAGAACUAUAUUCUUACUCAGGCAGUUCUAUUCAGUGUUCAGGAUCGGGUUUAGAAAGAC